CCGGGAGCGCGCCCUUCCCAGGGUGCCGCGCGCGGCUGAAUGGCAGAGCCAAGAUGGCGGCGGGCGCGGCCCCGGCGGGCGGAGGGGCCCUGUUCGAGUGCCCGAGCUGGGCAGGAAAACCACCACCUGGCUUACACCUGGAUGUAGUCAAAGGAGACAAACUCAUUGAGAAACUCAUCAUUGAUGAGAAGAAAUACUAUCUCUUUGGGAGAAAUCCUGAUCUGUGCGAUUUUACCAUUGACCACCAGUCUUGCUCUCGGGUCCAUGCUGCCUUGGUCUAUCACAAACAUCUCAAGAGGGUUUUCCUCAUAGAUCUGAACAGCACACAUGGCACAUUCUUGGGCCACAUCCGCUUGGAAGCCCACAAGCCACAGCAGAUCCCCAUUGACUCCACGGUGUCCUUCGGAGCCUCCACCCGCGCCUACACCCUGCGGGAGAAGCCGCAGACGCUGCCGUCGGCGGUGAAGGGGGACGAGAAGAUGGGUGGGGAGGAUGAGGAGCUCAAGGGGCUGCUGGGCCUGCCGGAGGAGGAGACAGAACUGGAUAACCUGACCGAGUUUAAUACAGCCCACAACAAAAGGAUCUCCACACUGACCAUUGAGGAAGGGAACCUGGACAUCCAGAGGCCAAAGAGGAAACGGAAGAACUCCAGAGUGACCUUCAGUGAUGACGACGAGAUCAUCAAUCCUGAGGACGUGGACCCGUCCGUGGGGCGGUUCCGGAACAUGGUGCAGACUGCAGUGGUCCCUGUAAAGAAGAAGCGUUUGGAGAACACGGGCUCGCUGCCCACGGAUGACUCCGCGUCGCGGCGCAUGCAGAACUUCCCCUACAGCGGGGGGCUGUACGGGGGGCUGCCCCCCACCCACAACGAGACGGGCUCGCAGUCGCACGGCGUGCACGGCACCGCGCUCAUCGGGGGGCUGCCCAUGCCCUACCCCAACCUGGCCCCCGAUGUGGACUUGACUCCAGUCGUGCCCUCCACAGUGAACAUGAACCCGGCUCCAAACCCAGCCGUCUUCAACCCCGAAGCUGUGAAUGAACCCAAGAAGAAGAAAUACGCCAAGGAGGCCUGGCCGGGCAAGAAGCCGACCCCGUCCCUGCUGAUCUGAGCUGGGCUGAGGGAGGGUGGGAGUCACCAACUCCACAAACUCUUCAUGUGCGUCUUUUUAAAAUUUCAGUGUUCUAACAGAUGUAAUACCAAGAUUGGAGAAGUGAAAUAUCCUUUAAAGAUCUGUCUUCAAACAUUUUUAUAUGUCUGUUUAAAAGAAAAAAAUACAGCUCCCAGCUCCUUUUGAACCAAAA